GCUCGAUUUCUCUUCUGCACUCGUCUCUAUUUGUUUUCUCUAUCGCUCUGAUAAUCAGCUGCGACGCCGGUUCAUCACAGCACCUCUGCCCGUUCCACAUUUUGAUGCGCUCAUGGCACCUAUAAAGAGCAUUCUUUCUCUACGAAGGACCGCUUAUGCUCAGCGCUCUGGUGAAAAUUGGGGCCUAGCGAGGAAAUUAUUCAGCACCCAGGCUGCAACAACUUCUCCCACCCCUCAGCCCCCACCCCCUCCACCUCCUCCAGAGAAAACCCACUUUGGCGGCCUGAAAGAUGAGGAUCGCAUUUUCACUAACGUAUAUGGGCUGCAUGAUCCAUUCCUCAAAGGAGCCAUGAAACGUGGAGACUGGCACAGGACAAAAGACCUUGUAAUUAAGGGAACUGAUUGGAUUGUCAACGAGAUGAAGAAAUCUGGUCUUCGAGGAAGAGGUGGAGCUGGAUUUCCAUCUGGGCUUAAAUGGUCCUUUAUGCCAAAGGUAUCCGAUGGUAGACCUUCAUAUCUUGUUGUUAAUGCCGAUGAGAGUGAACCUGGAACAUGUAAAGAUAGGGAAAUUAUGCGUCACGAUCCGCAUAAAUUACUCGAAGGUUGUCUAAUUGCUGGAGUAGGUAUGAGGGCUAGUGCUGCGUAUAUUUAUAUCCGUGGCGAGUAUGUGAAUGAAAGAUUGAACCUCGAAAAGGCUAGGAAAGAAGCGUACGACGCUGGACUGUUGGGAAAGAAUGCGUGUGGAUCGGGUUAUGAUUUCGAUGUGCAUAUCCACUUCGGUGCUGGAGCUUAUAUAUGCGGGGAAGAGACAGCUCUUCUUGAGAGCCUCGAGGGCAAGCAAGGGAAACCUAGAUUGAAGCCUCCUUUCCCAGCCAAUGCCGGGCUAUACGGUUGCCCGACAACUGUCACAAACGUCGAAACAGUGGCUGUUUCGCCAACCAUACUAAGGCGGGGCCCAGAGUGGUUCGCUAGUUUUGGAAGGAAAAACAAUUCCGGAACAAAACUGUUCUGUAUUUCAGGCCAUGUGAACAAGCCAUGCACUGUGGAAGAGGAGAUGAGUAUACCGCUGAAGGAGCUCAUCGAGCGGCACUGUGGCGGUGUUCGUGGCGGGUGGGACAAUCUGCUAGCUGUCAUCCCAGGUGGCUCGUCUGUUCCUUUAAUCACAAAGGACAUAUGCGAGGAUGUGUUGAUGGAUUUUGAUGCGCUUAAGGCUGUCCAAUCUGGGCUAGGAACAGCAGCUGUGAUUGUAAUGGAUAAGUCCACCGAUGUGGUGGAUGCUAUUGCUAGGCUGUCUUACUUUUACAAGCACGAGAGCUGUGGGCAGUGUACACCUUGCAGAGAAGGCACGGGUUGGCUUUGGAUGAUAAUGGAGAGAAUGAAGGUUGGGAAUGCAAAGCUGGAGGAGAUUGAUAUGCUUCAGGAGGUGACUAAGCAGAUUGAAGGGCAUACGAUUUGUGCACUUGGUGAUGCUGCUGCUUGGCCCGUUCAGGGGCUUAUUAGACAUUUCAGACCGGAGCUUGAGAGGAGGAUUAGGGAGCGGGCUGAUAGAGAGCUUCAACAGGCUGCUGCUGCUUAAUUCUUCUCCUAUAAAGGGAGAUAUUUUUGCUGUUAGAUCCCGUUUAAUAAACCGUGAUAAAGUGGCGAGACAUUUCAGAAUGAUAUCCAUGUUCGGAUUUUUUUAAUGGUUUGUAUUAUUGCAUUUGAAUGUAAUAAGAUUCUAAACUUGUAUGUGUUUGAGCUCUGCUGCAACUUUAAAGGAUGUGGAAAGCUGAAGUUCCAUCCUGCUGGAAUAUUUAUUGUUUUAAAGAACCUUCGAAUUGUAAUUUUUGGUUUAUACUUUAACCGGCAUGUCGAUUAUUUAUCGAUUACUUAACCAUUUGGUCGGACACAUCUUACAGGCCGGAAUGUUUUCUACUGUUUGUGAUUAAUAAUACCGUUUAUCAGAA